ACAUUAGCAGUCAGGUGCUUCACACUCGGCCAUUAUAAGUAAGCCGCGCGCGGGCUCUUAAGAGUGGGUUUCCUUUCAUUUGCCAUCUAAGCUUUCGAAACCCGGAGACCCUCCCCUAAAACCCUAAAACCCUUACAGAGCCCCUAGAAAUCAAUGCCUUUUUCCAAAUUUUCGAGAUCCAUGGCAAUUGCCAUGAAACGUUAGCCCCUGCAUCUCCCUAGCUACAAGCCCGUUCCCUUCUUUAAUCCUGAAAACCCUAGAAACUCGCUGUAAAUCUCGUUAAUUCAUAUCUAUCCCUGCAACCUCCCAAAACCCUAGAAGUUUCAUCCAAAUCCCCGUAAAACUCUGAAACCCUAGCUGAUCUCACUCUGCAACCAUGUCGAUGUCAAAGAGCUCCAAAAUGUUACAGUAUAUCAACUAUAGAAUGAGGGUGACCAUCCAAGAUGGUCGCCAACUCGUGGGCAAAUUCAUGGCCUUUGAUCGCCACAUGAACCUGGUCUUGGGAGAUUGCGAAGAGUUCAGGCGCUUGCCCCCUUCCAAAUCUCAGAAGAAGGAGGAGAGAGAGGACCGUCGGACCCUUGGUUUGGUGCUCCUUCGAGGCGAAGAGGUGGUCUCCAUGACAGUUGAGGGACCUCCACCACCAGAUGAGAACCGCGCUAAGGCCGCGGGUGUGGCUCAGUCUGGGCCAGGCAUCGCUAGGCCAGCAGGCCGAGGCCUCCCCACUGCUCCCAUGGCCCACGUCCAGCAACCAGGCCUUGCUGGCCCGCCUCGCGGGCUUGGUGGUCCGACACCAGCUAUGAUGCAGCCUCAGUUAACCAGGCCUCAGUUAUCAGCUCCUCCUAUUACCUACCCAGCAGGCCAACAACCUCCAGUUAUGAGGCCACCUCCUGCUCCCAUGCCUGGAUUUGCACCUGGCCAGCCCAUGCCCAUGGCCCGGGGGCCUCCGCCUCAGUUUGGUGGAAUGAGGCCCAUGGGGCCUCCUGGGCCUGGUGGGCCUGGAUUUGCUCCACCGGGGGCUCAGUUUGGGCAGAGGCCAAUGGGCCCACCUCCACCACCUCAGAUGAUGCGAGGCCCUCCUCCACCAGGUAGGCCUGGAAUGCCAGGUCCGCCCCCAAGGCCAGGGAUGCCGCCGCCCCCACCAGGUGGUGGGGUGCCGGUGUUUGGGCCUCCAAGGCCCGGGAUGCCCGGUCAGCCCCCCAAUCAGCAGCAGCAGUGAUAGAUAAUUUUUUGGAUGGAUGAAGUGGCUGAUUUUGCGUCAUUGUUGAAGGACUAGAGGUCAAUUCAUUCUGGGAUCUCGAGUAUGUUUGUGAAGUGUAUGAUCAUAGGAUUCAAAAAAGAAAAGAGAAUCAUGCAUAUUGCUCGUUGCAGUGUGAUCUUUUGCGGAUAAGUUUUUAUGCGAGAUGUUUGGUGGGUUUUUUGGUGCACAUUGUUCACGUAAUCUUUUGGUCAUUGUUUACUUUUUGGAUCAUCACUUCUUCUAUAACCGUGAAAUGAUUAGUUUUUUAUUACUACUGUUGCAAUGUGCAUGCUAAUGCUUAUAGGACAUGAGCACACUAAUACUAAUAGAACAUUGACUUGGAUGUGUU